UCAGUUGUUAUUCAAACCUGCUGGAGGAAACAUCAUCAAAGAAAUGAAUAAUGGCUGCCAUUAAUGAGAGCAAGAAUGAGAAGGAAGUCGUACUUGAUUUCAUACAUGCAUAUCGGGCUCAUCCAGCUUCAUGGAAAGUUAAAUCAAAAGGCUAUUCCAAUAAAGUAGCCAGAAACAAAGGAAUAGCGGCUCUGCAUGAAAUAUUGAAAGAACUCGAGCCUGACUGCACACGAGACGCCUUGACGAAGAAAAUAAACUCCUUACGAGCAAGUUUUAGGAGAGAACACAAGAAAAUAGAAAGCUCGAAGACGUCUGGGACCUCAGCAGAUGAUAUAUAUGCGACAUCACUUUGGUUUUCUGAUGAGAUGAUGUUUGUAUUAGAUCAGGAUGUCGCACGAGAGAGCUGCUCUAAUCUGGGGGAUAUUGACAACAUAAAUGAUGAGAAUGAAGAAGGGGAUGAAACGGAAAAUGCUAAACCCAGCACGAGCCAACAGGGACGUCCUCGCAAACGUUUCUCUAAAUCUGAUCAAAUAUUGGAUACAGUUGCAAGAAAACUGGAUGAAUCUGUAAAUACAGACAUGUCUGGUAUGGAUAGCUUCGGGAAAUACGUCACACGUAGGAUACUUGCAAUGGACCAGCGAACUUCAAUAAUAACUAGAAAAAUCAUACAUGAUGUACUUUUUGAGGCAGAGAUGGGGAAUUUAAAUUCUUCAUCUCGAGUAGUUACAACACACCAAGAGCCGGUACCAUUACCAAAUGCCUUCAAAUAACUCAGUGUAUAGUUACUGCAGUAACAGCAGUAGUGACUCCGGGAUGUCGCAGUACUUUUCACAUUUUCAACCUUAGGAUAUAGCAUAUGCCCUACGUUAACUUGGGACAUGUUUUAUUUUUCUCAUUUUUACCAAGCUUACUAUAAUAUAUGUUACUACAUUUCAGGUGUCAUAUGUUAUCAAUAAACAUUUACAAAUAUACAACUCUUACAAAUUAUUCAUUGCCUUUAGAU